AUGUACAUACACAGAAAUACACACGCACAGACACAUAGACACAUGUACAUACAUACACAGACACAUGUACACACAAACACAUGUACGUACAUGCACAUACACACAGACACAGACACAUGUACACACACACACACACAUGUACAUACACACACAUGUACAUACACACAGACACAUGUACAUACAGACACACACACAAACACACACACACACACAUGUACACAUACACCCCCCAUAAAAAGUUGCAGUACUUCGUUGUUCACUCACAGAGCUGGGUACUGCACUCUAGGGGGAGGCAGAGAGCAGAGCACACACUCCUUCCUUUGCUUUCACUGCGCUCAGCUAUUGAGCAGUCUGACGGCUCCCAGUGCCAAUGACAGAUCCGGCCUGAGCUCUGAGCCUGCUCAGCAAGACAGCCCUGGAGGACACACUCGCCCCCCACCAUAAUUUCCACUCACCAUUGGUGAGCAGGCGAGUGGAAAUUUCAAGCCCUGGUAUAAUUUAUAUGUAA